CCGGACCUGUGAAAGGGUUUCUUGCGCGGAACGCUUCUCAUAAUCCUUGUUUCCGCCCGUGCGUAUUUGACAAACGCAACGCGGAAAUUACGCAGUUGACAAGCGUUUGUUUUAAGCGGCGCAAGAGGAACGUGUGUAGCGUGCGAGCUUGUUUUGGCCUCUCGUCCUUCACCAUGAUCAUCCCUGUUCGCUGCUUCACUUGUGGGAAAAUCGUUGGGAACAAAUGGGAGGCGUAUUUAGGUCUUCUUCAAGCAGAGUAUACAGAGGGUGAUGCUCUCGAUGCUCUGGGUUUGAAGAGAUACUGCUGUCGCCGGAUGCUUCUGGCCCACGUGGAUCUUAUCGAGAAGUUGUUGAAUUACGCACCGCUGGAGAAAUGAGGAGCUUUCUGAAGAUUAAACUGAACUGAAGAUGAAAAUCCCACUAGGAAUAUUUCCAAAGACUUGAUCCUAAUGAAAGAUAUACAGACGUGGGCUACAGACCACAUCUGAAGAUGCUUAUGUGAUGACUGUUUAUUCGCAUUUUGUUUAUUUGCAUUUUCUUAAAUAAAGAUUGAAAUAUA